UGCUUUCUCAGGGCUUCUUGUACUGGUAUAAAUGUAGCCUCUGUGUGAGCUGGCUGCUUUCUCACAGUAGCCAUGGCUUUUCCUUACUUGUUUCUUCUGUUCUUGCUGUCUUGCACCCUGCUUCAUCAUGGAUGUGCUCGUCCCUUUCGCUCAAGGAAAGCUGCUCCAGGUAAAGAUGACGAUAUGAAGGCAGAAAUUGAUAAACUAUGGCAAGAGGUGAACUCCUUGAAGGAGAUGCAAGCGCUGCAAACAGUCUGUCUUCGUGGGAUUAAAGCUCAUAAGAAGUGUUACCUGGUCGUUGAAGAGCCCAAGCAUUAUCAUGAGGCCAACGAGGACUGCAUUGCUCAGGGUGGAACCUUGGCCACGCCUCGAAACCUGAAGGAAAACAAUGACCUACGAGACUAUGCCAAACUCAGCUCACCAGGCACCAAAGACUUCUGGAUAGGAGUGACCGAUAUUGUUAAAGAAGGCCAAUAUGUCGAUGUCAACAGCAUGCCCAUCACUUACUUCAACUGGGAUCGUGCAAAGAAAGAGCCGACAGGGGGGAAACGUGAGAGCUGUGCUGUACUCUCGCUCUCUGCACAGGGCAAGUGGCAUGAUGAGGUGUGUCGCACUGAGAAGAGAUACAUAUGUGAAUACCUCAUUCCUUAAUAUAUGUUUAAUAUGCAAUGCUCUAUGCAUGGCGAAAGUUUCAUCACUGAUGCUAGUUAGUAAUGCUGUGUAAGAAUGCAAUGUCAUGUUCCACAGAGUGGUUAUACAGUAGCAUUAAAUGUCUGGUCAAAGAG